AGGCACCCUGACAGUAUCCUGACUGAGGCGUUGUGGUAAAUUCUGGGCUCACUUUUCCUUUGUUCUCCCCUGCCUGCCUCCCUGGCUCCGAGGUCUUGUCCUCUGGGGAGAUAAGUUAAGUGCUCUGCCAGCCUGCCUUUGUGCCUGGCCUGUUUUUUCUCACUGCCAGUACCUCUUGGAUUCCAAUUCCAAACAUGGUAUCCAUCUGGGGUCACCCUUUCUUCCGGUGCCAAGAGAGACGCAUUCCAAAUGGAACACAAGUGUGCCUCCCGUGCUGGGCUCUCCUCAUUUUGGUUGGGGACAACAGAGCAGGAUGUGGCCACUUUAUCCCUCACAGCUAAAGUUUUCAGCCCCUGAGUCCUAGCUUUGCCUCGGGACACGUUAGCUUUUCUGCUGAGAGCCAAAUGUGAAGACUGUCCUAAGAAACCUGGAGCCGAGUCAGCUCGCCAGAGCUCUGCGGACAGGGCCAGAGCCUUGCUGAAGGAAAGAGAGAGGGGAAAACAAGUUUAAAAAUCCUCCAUGAAGUGUACUAUGCUCUGCCAUUUAUUCCCAAAGCUACUGGAAGCAUUCCUCUCAGGAAAGGUGGGCUUGGUGACGAGAAGCCGGACGUGAGAAGACUCCUGGGAGGACCGAUUAAUCCAUUUUCUGAAUUUCCUCUGUGGGGACAGUCUCAGAGCCCUGCAAGGCAUUGGGGCGCCCUGAAGAUGAGUGCUAACAGCAGCACCAUGAGCCAGCUAAUCUGGCAGGGCCCCGUGUGCGUUGGCUGGAAGCGGGAUCUGGAAGGCGCCAUCUACCAUCUGGCCAACUGCUUCUUGCUCCUGGGCUUCAUGGGGGGCAGCGGGGUGUAUGGAUGCUUCUACCUCUUCGGCUUCCUGGGCACGGGCUACGUGUGCUGCGUGAUGUGGGGUUGGUUGGAUGCUUGUGGCCUGGACCUCAUCCUCUGGAGCUUCCUGCUGGCAACGGCCUGCCUGCUCCAGCUGGCAUACCUGAUACACCGGCUGCGCAGGCGCGCCCUCCCCGAGGAGUUCGACGUCCUCUACAAGACGCUGUAUCUACCCCUGCAGGUGCCUCUGCAGGUGUACAAGGAGAUUGUUCAGUGCUGUGAGGAGCAGGUCUUGACGCUGGCCACUGAGCAGACUUACGCUGUGGAGGGCGAGACCCCCAUCAACCGCCUGUCCCUGCUCCUCUCCGGCCGGGUUCGUGUGAGCCAGGAUGGGCAGUUUCUUCACUACAUCUUCCCCUACCAGUUCAUGGACUCUCCAGAGUGGGAAUCUCUGCAGCCGUCUGAGGAGGGUGUGUUCCAGGUCACUCUGACUGCUGAGACCCCAUGUAGCUACAUUUCCUGGCCCCGGAAAAGUCUCUACCUUCUAUUGACCAAAGAGCGAUACAUUUCCCAACUCUUCUCAGCCCUGCUGGGCUAUGACAUCUCAGAGAAGCUCUACGCUCUCAAUGACAAGCUCUUUGCCAAGUUUGGGCUGCGCUUCGACAUACGUCUCCCCAGCCUCUACCAUGUCCUGGGUCCCGCAGCCUCGGAUACAGGGCCUGAGUCCGAGAAGGAUGACGAGGAAGCCCGUGAACCAGCCUUGCCCACAUCUGCCCAGCAAACACCCCCUCGCUCUCCUCUUCCAAUGGCCACCAGCCCUCCUGCACCUCCUUCCCGGGCCAGGUUGUCCCGGCCCGACAGCGGCAUCCUGGCUCCUAGAACUCCUCUCCACAGUUACUCUCAAGCUACGUCCAGGGGACAGGCCCCCUUGGCUCCAACCCACACUCCUGAACUUUAAGGAUCCAUGGGCUGUCUUUUUCUCUGGCCACACAAAUCUUCACAGGAAGCUCACUGGAGUGCACACCCCGUCUUACCCGCUGGAGGGCUCACGGGC